AUGGGCCGAUUGCUUCUGCCAGCCCUGGCAGCCCUAAGCCCUUGGGUGACAGUCUUCGCCACAGAAAUCACCAGCACGUUCACGACGCUCGUACCGACCACCGCCAUUGUCACUUCCUCGUCCGCUAUCGCGGGCUGCACAGUUGCGUCUUCUAUGCAGAUCGCCUGUAGCGAUGGCUACUACAAUGUCUACGGACUCAUGUGGCAGGAGACCUGCGCGGCCUCGACCAGCGGUGGUAGUCUCCUCCUGAGCAGCGAGGGUCUGUCGUUGCGGGCGUGUGCUGGGGGAUGUGCGGUCCGUUCAUCCUGUACGGCGGUCACCUGGGACAGCACGAAUAACAUGUGUUAUCUUUGGGAGGGCGACGUGACUGUCACGUCGGGCGGAUCGUACCAAGCCGCCAUCCGUCACAUCGACGGGCGAGGUGGUCUAUACUAUUUCCACCCCGAGUUCGACCCCCGCGGCAGUGACUCCUUCUUCCACCCCGGGUAUUCAGUCCUCGGUCUCCCGACCACCAUCUUCGCCAUCUUCGUCCUCUGUGGUUCCGUCCUCAGCACGCACGACUCUACCCUCGACCAUUUCUUCUGUCCUGAUCGGUCCUUCUUCGCUCAUUUCGUCUGGCUCCUCUUCUACUCCCUUCUCUCCCUCUUGGCCGACUUCAUCUUCUACUGUGGUACGGUCGUCGACUCCAUUGAUCAGACCUUCGACCACUUCUUCUGUCUCAAUCAGUUCUUCUUCGCUCGUUCCGUCUGGCUCCUCUUUUAUCCCCUUCUCUCCUUCUUCUUCUUCUUCUUCUUCUUCCGGCCAGUCCGCCUCUUCUGGUCAGUCUGCUUCAGCUCCGAGCCCGGCGGACACUUCGGCCACAACGAGUGGAUCAUCACUUUCGACCCAACAGUCACUUCUUGCGCUGCCGCCAUCACUGAUUGCCCCGCAAACCAGCAGACGACAUACUUGACAACCGAAACAAUCACCUAUGUCACGACGCUCUGCCCCGAAGCUGAUCGACCCACUGCCCAGCCAGCUGCAGCUACGGGCUCGACGACACUUCCUCCUACGGCCUGCUUCGGGGGCCCAAUCACAGAGACUGGAAUAUCUUCUUCGCACUUUAUAACCUCGACCGCCUAUGUCACGGAAAUUGAGGUAGUCACAGCCUGCCCGCCUUCCGUUGACGACUGUUCUGUUGGGCAGAAGAGCACAUACACCAUGACCAAGACCGUCGCGGCUUAUAUGACGACGAACCUGGUGGCAAUCGCAGAUUCUGCACAAGCCUCACAAUCCACCGGCCCCGUGAUGCAUCCUGUUGCAGUCCCCGACCUCUCCCUUGCCCAUUCGCAUGCUCCCAACCCCACACCCAGUAGCGACAACGCUAAAUACACUCUACCACAUGCUCAAUUGUCAAGCCUCUGGAAGGCCAGUCCAACAUCCUCUGGCAUGACCCAGACUAUGCACGCCACAACAAUGAACACAGUCGCUGGGAAAUCGACAUCAUCAGUGACGACGAGUGCCCCUGGUAGCCUCUUCACUGGAGACGCUCCCAAGAUGGGGCAGUUCACUAUACUGUUUACAGUAGUUGCUAUGCUAUCCAGUCUUCUUUUCGCUUAUUAG